AUGGCCUUUCUCUCCAGGAAGUUCCUAGAACAGCGGGCAGAAGAGCUUCACCAGGAGCUCAAAUUCGCAAGGGAGAAGGAGACGCAGCUCACAAGGACCUGCGCGGAGGGCCAGGUCCAGUCGCUGGAGCUGGAGGCCCGGCUGCGCAUCUUGGAGGAAGACAAGAGGAUGCUCUCCAACGAGGUGGGCCAGAUCCCCGGGAGCAGCCCAUGUCUCACGGGAGGGACCUGGACGUUCCUAGAACAGCGGGCAGAAGAGCUUCACCAGGAGCUCAAAUUCGCAAGGGAGAAGGAGACGCAGCUCACAAGGACCUGCGCGGAGGGCCAGGUCCAGUCGCUGGAGCUGGAGGCCCGGCUGCGCAUCUUGGAGGAAGACAAGAGGAUGCUCUCCAACGAGAUUGUGGAGCUGCAACAGAAGCUGAAGGACUCCCAACAGAUGCAUCUCUUGGGGAAGAAGCAGCUGGAGGAAGAACUGAAGGAGGCCGAAGAAAAACAGACCAGGACCCAGCAGCAGUUUCAGGAGGAGCAGCAGAAAAGGGCAGGCACCCACAAAGGCAAGAUUGCUUGGUGCUCCCCAAGUGUCGACAACGUGAAUAUUGUGGAGCUGCAACAGAAGCUGAAGGACUCCCAACAGAUGCAUCUCUUGGGGAAGAAGCAGCUGGAGGAAGAACUGAAGGAGGCCGAAGAAAAACAGACCAGGACCCAGCAGCAGUUUCAGGAGGAGCAGCAGAAAAGGACGUUCCUAGAACAGCGGGCAGAAGAGCUUCACCAGGAGCUCAAAUUCGCAAGGGAGAAGGAGACGCAGCUCACAAGGACCUGCGCGGAGGGCCAGGUCCAGUCGCUGGAGCUGGAGGCCCGGCUGCGCAUCUUGGAGGAAGACAAGAGGAUGCUCUCCAACGAGAUUGUGGAGCUGCAACAGAAGCUGAAGGACUCCCAAGAGAUGCAUCUCUUGGGGACGAAGCAGCUGGAGGAAGAAGUGAAGGAGGCCAACGAGAAACAAGCUAGGGCCCAGCAGCAAUUUCAGGAGGAGCAGCAGAAAAGGAUGUUCCUGGAACAGCAGGCAGAAGAGCUUCACCAGGAGCUCAAGUUCGCCCGGGAGAAAGAGACGCAGCUCACGAGGACCUGCGCGGAGGGCCAGGCCCAGUCUCAGGAGCUGGAGGCCCGGCUGCGCGUCUUGGAGGAAGACAAGAGGACGCUCUCCAAUGAGCAUCUCCACUGCCUGAAAUACAACCAGACGCUCUCAAAGCAGGUUUUGGCUUUGCAGAAGGACAAGGACACCCUCCAUGAGGAGCACCUGCAGAUCCUGAAGGAGGUGGACAUCUUGGUCAGAAAGAACCACGAGAGGAAGCUGCGGCACAGGGCCAAACUCCAGCGGGCCAAGGAGACAUUAAUCUCUGAAGUGGAGCAGCGGGACGUCCGUCUCCGGCGCCUGGAGUACGAAGUCCAGUUAUUGAAGAUGCUCAGAGAAGAGGUGGGAGCCCGGCUGUAGCGGGCACGCUGAAGCCUCUCCCUACUCAGGCCUCCAGGAGUGCUCACUCUUCUUCUUCAGUU